CGAUUGGCUAUCAGUUCAAAAUGUUGGUUAUUGCAGGCGAUACUGUGCUGAUGUUGUGACGUUAAAGAUUUUCUAACAGUAUACUUCAAAUAAUCGCGUCCUAAACGCGUUUAAUUGAAAUUUUAUUCAAAAUUUGCUAAAUAUGGCUGCUAUGAAUUCUAUAUCAAAUGUCGAAAACCUAUCUCCACAAAUUAUUCGACGUGUAGCUAAGGAAAUGAGUGAAUUAGCUGCACAACCACCCGAAGGUAUCCGAAUUAUUUUAAAUGAAGAAGAUGUUACUGACAUUCAAGCUAUCAUAGAAGGCCCCUCGGGAACACCAUAUGCUGGUGGUUUCUUCAGAGUAAAAUUAGCUCUUGGCAAAGACUUUCCUCAAGGACCACCAAAAGCAUUUUUCCUUACAAAAAUUUUUCAUCCAAAUGUUGCAAAAAAUGGAGAGAUUUGUGUCAAUACCUUAAAAAAAGAUUGGAAAUCAGAUCUCGGAAUUAAACAUAUAUUACUAACUGUAAAAUGUCUCUUAAUAGUGCCAAAUGCAGAAUCUGCUUUGAAUGAAGAAGCUGGUAAAUUACUUUUAGAAAGGUAUGAUGAUUAUUCUGAACGAGCAAAAAUGAUGACAGAAAUACAUGCACAGGGAGGUGGAAAAGGCAGCAAAGCAGGUCUAGAAAGUUGCACAUCCUCUGAAGUCGGAGGACCUCUCCCAAAGAAGCAUGCAGGAGAUAAAAAACUAUCGGCAGAAAAGAAAAAAAUAUUAAAAGACAAGAAGAGGACACUUAAAAGAUUAUAAAAAAAUCAACAUAAUUUAUCUAUCUUUUAUAAUUUAAAACACUGGUGUGGUAACGUUGCCUCAUAUUGUACACAAUUAUUGCAUAGUAAAAAUUUAUUAUCUAAA